UUAGAUUUCACUUCAAUUAUUUCCUUUAUUUAUGUCAGUCCUGAGUCUAAACUAGAGGUCAAGGCAAGGUCAAUCGGAGAAUCUGGUGCUGAUGAUGACAAAAGAUGAAGAGCUACUCAUUGAAUAUACUUCCCACAAAGGCAUAACAGUAGCAGGACAAGAGAACCAAACUGAAAUCACAGAAUUAUAUUUGAUGGGAUUUGUAGGACUUGGGGAUCUGCAAGUUCCUGCCUUCUGCCUCUUCUUACUUAUCUACCUUGUUACCAUGGUUGGGAACAUCCUCAUCAUUUUGCUGGUUGUUACUGAUUCUCACCUUCACAUCCCCAUGUAUUUAUUCCUGGGUAGUUUCUCUUUCCUGGAGAUAUGCUACAGUUCUAAUAUCCUUCCAAUGAUGUUGGCUAGUCUCAUUCAUGGUGGGAGAAAAUUAAUUUCUGUAACUGGCUGUAUAACACAAUAUUAUUUGUUUGGUCUCUUGGCAGUUGCUGAAUGUUGUCUCCUAGCGGCAAUGUCAUAUGAUAGAUAUGUAGCGAUCUGUAAGCCACUCCAUUACACAACAUUAAUGAAUGACAAAAUUUGUGUCCAGUUUAUAGUUGGAUCAUGGAUCCAUGGUUUAUUUGUUAUGACCUUAGUUUUAUAUCUAAUGCACCUGUUAAAGUUAAAGUUCUGUGGGCCCAGUGAAAUCGAUCACUUCUUUUGUGAAUUGAAUCCAGUAUUAAAGCUAGCGUGCAGUGAAACUUACUUAAUUGAACUUGCAACUACUUUGUUAUCUGUCCUGUGUAUUUUGCUUCCUUUCUUUUUAACUUUGGCAUCUUAUGUUUUUAUUAUUUCUACUGUCAUGAGAACGUCAUCUGUCAGUGGAAGGAAGAAGGCUUUCUCAACCUGCUCCUCACAUCUCAUGGUGGUAUCCAUUUUCUAUAGCACAUUAAUGAUUGUCUACAUUUUGCCCAAAACAGAUGGCCUGAAAAGAAUCAACAAAAUUGUAUCUUUAUUUUAUACGAUUCUGCCCCCUUUGUUGAAUCCCCUGAUAUACAGUUUACGAAAUAGGGAGGUAAUAGAAGCACUUAGAAAAGCAGUUGCUAAAUUAUAUGCCAUUGAAAGAAUAUACCACUGUAAUCUAGUAUGAACACAGAGAGAGAGAGAGAGGCACACACACAGAGAUACACACAUACAUCUCUAUCUCUAUCUUAUCUCUAUCUCUAUCUCUAUCUAUAUAUCAUCUAUAUCUAUCUAUAUCUUUCUUUAUGUUGUGUUAUUUCCCAAUAAAAUCAAGAUUUGGGAUUCUUUGAGAACACCAUCACAUUUCUUGAUUUCUCCAGAUUAUUAUGAUUAAAGAUUAGGGAUACUAAAGAAUUCUGCCAUAAUUUUGUCCUCCUCACCAAGAAAGUCAAACCAGGAUGAAUGGUAUAAACAAGUGAAUUUGGUUAUUUUCAUUUUAUUCUGAGAAAUAAAGAUUCUGAUGAGUUG